CUCCUCGCGCACCAGGCGGCUCGCCGCGGACCAGGUAGAGCCUGACUCCUUUCCCAUCUUGCAGCCAAAUGUCUACCUGGAAGAGACCCAUGUUCCUAUCUGUCUAUGAGGAGCCUGCGCCCACCACAGACUCUUUCAGCUCCGCAAUGCUCAACAUCACACCUCACGUCCUCUCGUCAGCUGUGAACGGCACGCUUUCCCAGGACGACAACUGUCCCGACACCAGGUGGCUGGAAUGGAUCAACGCCACCCAGGCCCCCUUCCUCUGGGUCCUCUUCCUGCUGGCCACACUGGAGAACAUUUUUGUCCUCAGCGUCUUCUGCCUACACAAGAGCGGCUGCACCGUGGCGGAGAUCUACCUGGGGAACCUGGCGGCGGCCGACCUCCUCUUAGCCUUCGGACUGCCCUUCUGGGCGGUCACCAUCGCCAACAACUUUGACUGGCUUUUCGGGGAGGCCCUGUGCCGCGUGGUGAACGCCAUGAUCUACAUGAACCUGUUCAGCAGCAUCUGCUUCCUGAUGCUGGUGAGCAUCGACCGCUACCUGGCGCUGGUCAAAACCAUGUCCGUGGGCCGCAUGCGCAGGGUACGCUGGGCCAAACUCUACAGCCUGGUGAUCUGGGGGUGCGCCCUGCUGCUGAGCUCCCCCAUGCUGGUGUUCCGGACCAUGAAGGACUACGACGCAGAGGGUCACAAUGUCACCGUGUGCCUCAUCGCCUACCCGUCCCUCACCUGGCAGCUCUUCACCAACGUCCUCCUGAACCUGGUGGGCUUCCUGCUCCCCCUGAGCGUCAUCACGUUCUGCACGGUGCAGAUCACGCAGGUGCUGCGGCACAACCAGAUGCAGAAGUUCAAGGAGAUCCAGACGGAGCGGAAGGCCACCGUGCUGGUGCUGGCCGUGCUGCUGCUGUUCGUGGUGUGCUGGCUGCCCUUCCAGGUGAGCACCUUCCUGGACACGCUGCUGCGCCUCGGCGUCCUCGCCGGCUGCUGGGGCGAGCACGUCCUCGACGUCGCCACGCAGAUCAGCUCCUUCGCGGCCUACAGCAACAGCUGCCUCAACCCCCUGGUGUACGUGAUCGUGGGCAAGCGCUUCCGCAAGAAGUCCUGGGAGGUGUACGGGGGAAGCUGCAGGAGAGGAGGCCGCGGGCCAGAGCCCACGCACACCGAGAACUCCUUGGGUACCCUGCGGACCUCCGUGUCCGUGGAACGGCACAUCCACAAACUGCAGGACGGGUCAGGAAGCAGCCGGUGAGCAGCUGCUGGCAGGGCGAUUUGCCGGGUGCAGGGGGGGGGCCCAGGAAGGAGCGCCCAGCAUCCUCUGCUACCCUGGGCAACAAGUCACCGCGCAGUC